UACACAGCCGGCCACACACGGGGCGGGACGUGUCGGGGCCAGAGGAGCGUGACGUGCUGGGCCGAAACGGAAGGACAGACAGACGGGAGCAUGAAGCCAGCUGUGGACGAGAUGUUCCCCGAGGGCGCUGGGCCCUACGUGGACCUGGACGAGGCUGGAGGCAGCACGGGCCUUUUGAUGGACUUGGCAGCCAAUGAAAAGGCCGUCCAUGCAGAUUUCUUUAAUGAUUUCGAAGAUCUUUUUGAUGAUGAUGAUAUCCAGUGAAAUGAUUUCCAGCUAUGGAAACCCAAGAUGUUAAUUCUUUGUUUUGUAGCAGUAGCAAAAAUACACUUUUUAUUUAAUCAAAAGAUGGUAUAUGAUCUCUAAAGAGCUUCUGGAAGUCACAAAGUUGGGACAUGGUUAUCAAGACAGGAAUUAUGAAAAAAUGUUAACCAUUGGGAAGCUACUGGUAGAUAUCUUUUCAUAUCAGCUGAUUGUCCUUGUUUGAAUAAAUAUGGAAUUUUUUUA